AUGCAGCUCAAUGCCCAAACGUUCGAUAUUCUCUGUGUUCAGGAAACCUACUGGCGAGAAGAUCGCCAAUGGAGCGACGCUGGGUGGACAUACAUCCACCAUGGGAGCGGCCAGAACAAGGAGGCCGGGCUACUCGUGUGCGUGGCUAAGACCUUUGCCCCUGAAACCGCGAUUAGGCACACUCCUACCGUACCCGGCAGGCUGCAACAUAUUCGCAUCUUCCCCUCGAAGGGGCACCAGCCACUUGAUGUUCUGCAUGUGUAUCAAUAUGCUUGGUAUCACCGAAAAAGGGAUAACCCCGGCGACUGGUGGGCUGACUGCCUCAAUCGACGGGCGGGUUUUCUGCACAAACUCAGCUCGGCCCUCAAGGGGAUACCCCAGAGAAAUGUGCUGUGCGUGCUGGGCGAUCUCAACACACAGCUUCUGCCGAAAGGAGGUGUGGUCGGAACGGGCGUCCCACCGAGCCCGGGCCCUCAUCUUGAUGUGCCCGAGCUCACCAACACCUUGGAGACCUUUGGCCUGCUGGCUCUGAACACGUUCGGGCCAAGCCCAGGCAGCACAUUCAUCAAUGAGAGCAACGGCACCCAAUCCCAAAUCGACUACAUCAUUGCCCGCUCGGCCCACAGUGACAAAACCAGCCGUCAAGCUGCCACCAUUGCAGACUGGCCGGUCGGUGCGGCCCGACUUGGUAUGAAACACCUGCCCUUGCAAGGCUCUCUGCCUCUGAACUGGUGCCCCUGGAACCUCACUGCACGAAGACCCCCUGCUGUGCGCCCCCACAAGGUCGUGGCUGAGUUGGGGGCGAACCCUGCUCUACAGGCCACCUUCGAGGCCCACCUCCGUGCCAUCCUGCCCCCAAACGCUUCAAUCCAGGACAUUGAUCGUACCCUCCAGGAUGUGUGGCUACAGCUUUGUCCGGCAACAGCCGGCAACAAGCAAAGCCGAGACAAGAAUGAGCAGGCAGGCGCACCACAGCUUCAUACGGCACCUCGCAUAUGGGAACUCAGGGCAGAGAAGCGGCGACUGGCCGAGGACACCAGCCUGCAUGGUCAACUUGCCCACUGGCGAACCUCAGUUCGGCUGAGUGAGCUCGAACGUGCCGCAGGUGCAGCCCGCAGGCACCGUAAGCGACAGUUCCUUCUGGACCAAGUGGAGCAGGCCGAAACUGCUGCCGGCAAGGGCCACCUUUCCAAGGUUUAUGCGGUGGUAAGGCGCCUUGCACCCAAGAAGGUCAACUUGAGGCUUCAUGUUCGCACUCCGGAGGGACACAUGCAGGGACCCCAAGCAGAACGUGAAACAUUGCUGGCCCAUUUUCGUGAUCUCUAUCGGGCUCCUGAGGCACAGCCCCACCGUGUCCUGCCAUGCCAGGAGCCCCUGUUCACACCCGCUGGUUGCACAACAGCCCUGGCCCGGCUCCCAGCACAGAAAGCCGCACACCCGAAAGCCGCCCCAGGGAUACUGUGGAAGCUUGGUGCCACGACUUUGGGCCCCAUGCUCAGCCGCAUCCUCAACGAUUCCUAUGCCGAGGUGCCCUGGAGACUCCCGAUUGAGCUCAGACAAGUUGCCCUCUGCUUGGUUCCCAAGCCAGGGCGCCGUGCACAACAACCGGCCGACGCACGGCCGAUCAGCCUCAUUCACCCGGCCAACAAAGCGCACGCCUCGAUGCUGAAUGAGCUCCUUGCGCCAUUCCUACUCCCGUACCUAGCCUCGUCGCCACAAUUCGCGUACUGUCAUGGGCGCUCAACUGCCGAAGCUCUUCACCGCGUCUACUCGCACUUCUUUGCUGUUCGCGCAAAGGCCCCAGUGCGAGCACGCAUGGUCCAGCGCCGCCAGGACCGCACUGUCCAGCACCCGUGCACUGGUGGGAUAAGCUUCUCACUGGACGUUGCUCAGGCCUUCGACUCCAUACCUCGUUGGGUGAUUGUUGCCGCAUUGAGGGCAGCCGGAGCCCCAGAGGAUAUGAUCACCCAGAUUGUCACCCUUCAUGCGCAGAUUGUGCUUGAAAUCGAUCACGGGGGAGAUGUUGCAACUUGCCACACAGCCCGGGGUGUGAGACAGGGAUGUCCCCUUUCCCCGUCACUCUGGGCUGCUGCGACCACCUUUGUCUAUCAUCGUCUCCUGGAAGCUCUAGGCCCCGACGCGUCGCAAGUCAUCACAAUGUUCGCCGACGACGUGAUUGGCCAGUGGCGCAUCACAUCCCCGGAGGCACUCCAAGAUGGACUCGAGCAGAUUCGUAGGAUGGUCAGGGUACUCCAACAUCAUGGGUUUCGGGUCAGCCCGACCAAGAGUGUGAUCCUGCUGCAGGUCGAUGGCCCCAAAGCCUCGCAAAUUCUCGGAAAACUUCGUUUUCGGGAGCAGGGGCAGCCCAGGCUACGAUUGGCCACAGACCUGUCUUUUCCCAUCGUUCGCAGACACACCUACUUAGGCAUGAUCAUUGGAUAUGGGGCGUUCGAGCACCAUUCGGUAGCCUAUCGAUGCAAGCGUGCCACCCAGGUCUUCGCACGGCUGCGACAGGUGCUCUGUGGGCGCCACAGCCUCAGCAUGCACAAUCGCAUCCGGCUGUGGCGAGCGAUCGUGUGGCCUUCAUUGCGAUACGGCCUCUCCACCCUGCCGCUGGAGCCCAAGUCACUGCAGAGAGUGCAAGGAGUUGCCGCCAGACAGCUCCGAAUCAUCACGCACAGCCUGGGACACGAAACUCACAAAACUAACCUGGAGCUGUUCGCUGAGCUCCGGUUCCACCCUGAGUCACUUCUGCGUGCAGAAGCCCAAGCUAACAAAGAUCGAUUCGAAGCUCUGUCUGAGGCCCUGCAGCUAGAACGUACACGCCAAUGGCAUCACCUUCUUCUAGCCUCCUUGGCGAGAUCCCCAGACGAGCCUGUUCAUUCACAGCCCCAGCCGCCACCAGCGAACGAAACUUCGGCUGACACAGAGCAGGCCACGCAGGCACCCCCGGUGCCGGUGAAUCGCACACACUUCUCAGGACAAAGUCGGAAGCUCAGCCCAGCAAGAGUGCCGGCCAAGCUCGUUGAGGUAGGCGAAGUGACCCGCCCCUUUGCGUGUCCGGAUUGUCCCUGCACCUUUGCCACAGCAGCCACUUUGCAAACUCACAGAGCCCAGAAGCAUGGAGCCAUCAAACGUGGCACAGUCAGGCGAGCCACCCAGCAGCAGAACCAGGUGGAACAUUCCUUAGGUGGGGUGCAUUUCAGAGCCAAGCACAAGACCUUGCACAGCCGGCUCGAGCAAACAGAGGCAGCAGCCAAAGGCAUAGCGGUUCAGCUGAGGAUGACCGCAACCGAGAUGGAGCAGGAGGACAGUCAGGAGUGGGAGCUGUACUCCAGGUUCAUGGCAAACCAGCCGGCACCCAAGCUGAGCCGCCCAUUGCCGUCGGCUUCGGAGAACGACCAGACACCGGACAAGGGCCGCGGCAAGAAGCAGCUCACCAAGGACGAACAGCAGGAGCUGCUGGACCUUCGCCAGCUGUGCGAACAGCUGAUCAGACUGGCAAUGCGCCACGAGGACAGCAUCAAGGCACUCCAGCUCGACACAUCGUUCGUGCUUUGGCUGCGGGUGGGAUUGCCGGGCGGCCUCCCCGAGAGCCUCCAUCAAGCUGCCGAGACAUGGAGAACGGAUCGAGAUCAGGGCUUGGCUCGCACCUCCCUGCGGCAUCAUCUGUGGCUCCACCUUUGGAAGGAGUUUCAGCGUCGCCUCACCCCGGCGCUCCUCACAGCCGAGAUCCAGUCCUUGAUGACGAAGCUGGGUUAUUUGAAGGACGGACACUGGGCCUUCCUCCGCUGGGAGGCCAACGAGGAGACAGGAGGACGGCUGAUCCCGGACACCGAGAAGAAGUCGCUGAACAUGCAGGAGGUCAGGGAGUCAGUAGAUCACAUCGUGCGUUUGAGCCAGGACGCGGAGCUGAUCACGCGCUUCUGCCCGACGCGUCCACUAGCAGCCGAACUGAAGGGACAGUCCAUUACAUUCCUGUGCUCGAUUGCCAACCGCUCGGCGCCCUCACACCAGCUACACGCAGCAUUGCAAACCCUGUGCUCCAAUGCCAGUUGCCAAGUUCUGGGCAUGGCGAUCAAACCAGAACGCCUCGCUCGGAGCCCACUGGCCAAUGCUCUGGCUCGGCAGCUUCCAGCAGCCCAGUCGCGGACUCAGCAGCUGCUAAAGCACUCACGAAAGGCCCCGGGACUGCAGCACGACGCAGCUGAGUUUCUCAAAUCCUUCCAGGUGGGAGCCAAUAUGAACGCUUUGAGUGGAGUAUGGCAAGCACGCACCACUGAAGGAGAGGUGCGAUACCUGGGAGACACCUCUCCCCUGCCUUUGUCGGUGCCCCUGGUUGCUGGCGCUACGGUGCAAGAACUUGUGAACUCAUGGACUGCCCAAGCCCAGGUCCAUGCGCUGUGGCAUCCUCCUGAGUGCAUAGCUUUGCAGCUUUCGCGAUACGGCCCGCAUGGUAAACUUCACACCCUCUUAAGGCUUGACGAUGAAGUGGUGCAAAUUCCUAGCUUUGUUGCAUCGGACACUCGUGUAUGCAAUGUCGCAUAUAAGCUGCAAGCCGUCGCGGUUCACUUGGGAAACACUCCUACGGAGGGCCAUUACCGAGCUGCCUUGCUGGACGAAGGCAACAAACUCUGGUAUGCAGACGACGGCAAACCCGCCACUCUUGCAAAUGCCAAAAUCAGGCAUGAGAUUCAAGCCAACUGCUAUGUUCUCUACUUAACUCGAGUGUAA